UUGAAACCUGUCAUAUAUCCUUUGAAUCUUAAAACAGAUAAAACCAUCAUCAAUGGCAACUUACCUUGUAUCCCCACCUGCUACAUUAAUACAUCAAAGUCUUGGUCAUCCCACUCUAAUAUCAUCAUCCUGCUGCACCUUUUUCAGUACUAAACAACCAACAAAACCAACACUGCUAUUGAUCAAAACCAAUACCACUACUCGACCUACGAAACUCUACGUUUCUUCGUCUUCUUCCCCGACCAAAACGCAAACAUCGCAGCAAGAAACCGUAUAUUUCGAUGGUGGAGCACAUUAUGGAGACUUGGUAGCAAAUCUCCUGUUGGGCUUCACUUUAGUAUGGCUGCCACUCACUCUGGCUGCAGUUCUCAGAGGUUUUUUCUUACGUUAUAGAUUCACUAACUUACGUGUAACUGUCAUUUCUGGAUUAACAGGCCAAGACAGAAGUGACUUUUCUUAUAAAGUGAUUAAAGAUGUUAAAGUUGUGCCAAGGUUUAUUGGUGAAUGGGGUGAUGUAAUUAUCACUUUAAAAGAUGGUACCAUUGUUGAUUUAAGAAGUGUUCCUAAGUUUAGAGAAAUUGCCAAGUAUUGUUUGUCAUUAACAUCUGGUUCUGUCUCUUCUUCUGAUGAUAAUGAUGAUGAUUUGGAACUAAAACAGACCACUCCUAAAGGCUUUUGAUUUAUCCUUGAUAUAUAUACUUUUUUAAUUUAAGUUCUGUAUGUCAGAUAAGUUUUUUUCUCAUUCCAUUUACUCAGAGAAAGGAAAUUUUUGACUCUGAUGUAUGCUUAAUUUCCAUCUGUUUGGUCAAGAUUAAUAUGUUGCUUAUCCUAUUGAUUCUAAA